AUGAGCCAUAUUGUCAAUUUUGGGUCAUGCCACGUCCAUGACAAAAUGAGGUUGAGGAAGCCACACCUGAAAGAUACACGCCCAAUCCAGCUAUGUGUUCUAUGUAAUCGCUCUUUCUGCGUCGACCACAAGGGAAAGGAGGACGGUGUCUGUGAGAUCAAUCAUGAGACAUACUAUCGAAACCACCCAGCCGCUCAGAAGUACUUGUAUCGUUCUUAUGAAGACUGGAAGAAAGUUUCUGAGCAGAUAAUGAUUAAGGAGAUGUCGGUGAAAGAGGAGUCGGCUGUGCAAGGGAAGAUGUGUUGA